GCUGAGGGCGCCAAGGAGAGGUUUGAGAACACCUGGGUAUUAUGGGCCACCAGCCACUAUUUGCAAUAAUCAAAUUUCAAUCUCAUGAUGUGGGUCAGGGCAGUUUGGACAGAGCCAAAGGGAGAAGAGGCGGGAGUCAUCCCGGAGGUUUGGGUGAAGGAAAACAUGGUUUACUGGCUAACAGGGGCUAAUGUAACCAAAGCAGCCGAAGAAAUGCAACAACCAGCAAGCAGCUGGCAAAGGUUUCCACUGCUGAAAAUCAAAAUCAACUCAAAGAAGCGAGAAGAAUGUGAAGCAUUCGACCAAACAACAACUGCAGAGCUAAGUGAAGAAGAAUGCACUCCUGUCAGGAGGGUGAAGAAGAAAACAUACCCAGGGUUUAUCCUAGAUGAGGAUGAAAGCAGACUAGAUGGUGCUGGAACCGGAUGUGGUCAUGUGCAGAAGCGAUGUGUGGAAGCACAGUCACAACACAGUCCAUCCUUGCCAAAACCACCAAGGGUUCAACAAAAGAGAUCUAGAGCUAAGUCCCACAGUCUCCUACACAUCUCUCAAACUACGCCCCAAAAGAUCCCAAACUCGGCACAAGAGCUGUCGCUCUCCAUUCCACAGCACUCCACGCCAGAGAUCCCCCUCUCCACGCCAGAGAUCCCCCUCUCCACGCCAGAGAUCCCACACUCCGCGCCAGAAAUCCCCCUCUCCGCGCCAGAGAUGCCCCUCUCCGCACCAGAGAUCCCCUUCUCUGUGCCACAGCACUCCGCGCCAGAGAUCCCACUCUCCGCACCAUAGCCCUACACACCAGCAUUCCCACUCUACUCAUUGGAGGUCCCACACUCCACAUAGGGGGAAACCAGCACCCAGAGGGUGGUGAACCAUUCCCAUUACAUAAUGGAAAGUUCCAAAGACGGGUCCUCUAUCUGCUGGACGAUAUUCGGGAAAAGCUGUCCCAGGUGGGCCGAAAAUGUGAGCCCCCAGACUCUCAGUUCCACCUGGUGAAGAUGAACGGCAGGCAUGAGAGUUCGUACAAACAAGUUGAUGGCCAUGAUGAACAUGG